AUGAGUAUUCCCAAUGGUGACUCUGAAUUGAAUGAUGAUGUCGGUCCGUGCCCAUAUGCUUAUGAAGAGUUCGAGAAGUUUACUAGCAAUUUCAGUGAAGAGACUGAGGUGAAAGUUAUUGGGGGAACUCAUCACAAGAACUUAGUCCGCUUACUUGGAUAUUGCCUUGAUGGACCAAACAAGCUGUUGGUAUACGAGUACAUGAGCAAUGGCUCACUUGUAGACAGGGACGGACCGUCAUUAUGA